GUAAAUUCCUACAGUCGUGAAGGCAGCAGGAUGCUGCUGAUGGACCCAUGUUAGCUUGCUGCAGGUUUGGGGCUGAACUGGAUCCGGACGCCACAGAGCGGAUGUCUCAGCGUCUCUAACGCAGCUCGGGUCUCUGCUGUGGUGUUGAAUCCUCGUCUCCACACAAACAGGACUCACCUACGAACUGUGGAGACAUGACGACGCGGUCAGAGCGAGAAAAAGCUCAGAAACUCAACGAGCAGCAUCAGGCCAUCCUGUCGGCACUGCUCAGAGAGGAUGACAACAAGUUCUGCGCAGACUGUCAGGCUAAAGGACCUCGAUGGGCGUCAUGGAACCUCGGGGUGUUCAUGUGUAUCCGCUGUGCCGGAAUUCACCGCAACCUGGGCGUCCACAUCUCCAGAGUCAAAUCUGUCAAUCUGGACCAGUGGACAUCUGAGCAGAUCCAGAGUAUGGUGGACAUGGGCAACUGCAGGGCCAAACAGCUGUAUGAGGCCCACCUACCGGAGAGCUUCAGACGGCCGCAAACCGACCAAGCAGUGGAGGUCUUCAUCCGGGACAAGUACGAGAGGAAAAAGUACUUCGACAAGGAAGCUCUGACCACAGCUCCACAGAGGUCAUCUGAAGCCUCCACCUCCCCAUCCUCGCAGGCUGACAGGGGCAGACAGGAGAAGGAGCGGGGUAAGAAAAAAGAGGAAAAGAAGAAAGAGAAGGAUAUUGAUAGAGGGGAGAGACACAACAACGUGAAGCAGACAGAGUGCAGAGCCAGUCCUAAGAAAAGCACAGAGCCAGCUGUGGACCUGCUGGGCCUGGAUGCCCCAGAGGGUGGUGUGAAGAGCUCGGGCGGCGCUGCACCAAUCAGCGAUGACCUGGACAUCUUUGGACCAAUGGUCUCCAAUCCUCUCCCCUCAGCCAACAACACACAGCAGGCCCAGUCUAGUUCCAGUACAGCAGCUCCGCAGGCGGACACCUCCACCUCCUCCUCUAUCUCCACCACUAUGACCACAAAGGCGGAGGAGAAGAAGCUUUUAUCUAAAGACUCCAUCCUGUCUCUGUAUGCCAGCAGCUCAGUGGGCAGUCAGCCGCAGAGCCAGCAGCAAUCUGCCCCAGGACAAGCAGGUAUGUACAUGGGCCAGCCACAAAUGCAGUUCACUCCACAGGCCUUCAACCCCGGGAUGGGGGGAGUCGCCCCACCCACCACUAUGAUGGGUGGAGGGGCCAUGAUGCCCGGGAUGGCUCUGCCCAACGGGGGUUACAUGCAGCAGCCGGGCGUGAUGCCAGCCAGCCAAGGACACAGCAUGUACAAUAUGCAGCAGGGGCAGCAGCAGCCGCAAGGACAGUGGAACAUGAGCCAGAUGACCCAGCAUAUGUCAGGCAUGGCCAUGAGCGGAGGAGGGCCGACAUCGGGCGCCCCCGCGGCCGGUUGGCCUGCGGCUCCACCAACGGCUUCUGGCCAGACCCUCAGCACUCAGCUGUGGAAGUGACGAGGAGGAGGUCCAGAGGUUGAGUGGGGGGAAACACGGGGCAGUCACAUGGCAACCAAAUGGCCAAAUCUCUCUGAGAUCCUCCCAUCUCCUAACAGCUUUUAGUUCAAUAAUAACGCACAGCGGGGACGGUUUGCCUCUCCUAAAAUCCCUUCCCUAAUCCCUUCGCCGUCGUUACUCUAAGAAGCCAAGAUGUCAUCACUCCAAGACACCGUGGAGGCAAGUGGGAAAAAAAGAGACUGGCAGCUGUCGUGUGCUGUCUUUGUCUGGGUGUCCUCGUUUGGUUUCCUUUUGUUGUUGAUGACUGAAAAAAGGCACAAAAACAGCAAAACAAAAAAGAAAGCUGCUGGACCAGUAACUUUAAGUCCUAUUAUAGUAAUAUUACAGUAUAUCUUACCAAAAUGGAUAGUGUGUGAAUAGUCCUUGAGUACUUACAGUAGAUAUGGCUAUGUUGUGGUUGGUUUACGCUACCCUGUCCUCACCCCUCUCUCUGCUGUGUAAAUUGUAACCCCCCUCUCUCUCCCUCCUCCCUGUAGGGCGAGCAGAGCCUUGUAGCAGAUAAUCGUGUGAGCAGUACUGUAUCUAUGUGAAUAUGACGUGAACCCCCCCACUCUUUCAGAGCCAUAGGAGAGAGGCUGAUGCUGUCACUCGCGACAACAUUGGUUUGAGUUUUAUUUGUCACAUGGCACUGUAUGUGUGUGUGGUGGUGCUGGGGGAUGUUGCUGUGGAGAUGAAGUCCUCCCUUUAGUGAAAAACAGCCUGUGAAGUUUAGCAUUGCUAAAUCCCACAGGCUUUGACUGACAUGUGUUUAGAGCUGCUUCUACAGUAGUUGUUAUUUUGCACUGAUUGAUUUUCACAAAACUUGAUCAUUUUCCUGCAAAGAAUUUCUACAACAUUCAGAGUAUCAAAGGAAAACGUGUCUCAUUGCAGCCAGUAGUGUUUUUUUAUCCCCACACAGCAGCCGGUGUAUCACUGAUCAGCUCCAACAUAAAUGAUCAUGACAGCAGUGGUUCCUUACUUACCUUACAAGAAAUAGAUAAAAUAAAAUAUAUUUUCACAGCAUCGCACUUCUUCCCACUCAACACAUACUCAAACUGAAACAAGGUGUCACAAGUAAGGUCACAAUAACAUCUCUUUUAUCUUAUGUUAUUACACUAUAAUGAUCAUCUUGUCAUUGAGGAACUGUUGUAACUGAAAACAGCUAAUGCAGCUCUCAUGUAAAAUUUUCACUGAAAACAUAAUUUUUUUAGGAUCGUUGUAAUAAUUCAGUUUUCAUGUUUUAGACAUUGAAGACAUACUGCACAAACAAAAACUCGAAGGAAGUAACUGCCCAGCCCCAGUUAAAAGGACACAUUCCUUAUAUCUGCAUUCAAGCCAACAAAGGCAGGGAACCACUGAUGAAUACAUAACCAGUAUCAAUGCUUUUAUUAAGAGAUGAAUAUGUCCAACCCAUUUUCUUUUUUCAAACUGCUUAAAAACAACCGAAAUCUGUAAAUGUCUUGGAUUCCCUUUAAGUGUCAGUAAUUGCCGGGUGGCCUGUGAGUCCCCGGGAUGUCUUUGCUCGCCUCGCUGUGAUGUUCUGAAGCGUUUUAAAACCAAACGAGCUGGCUUCAGUGGGAGCCGGGCUCUGACCCAGUUAAGACACUUCCUUGUUGAUGAAAUGAGCCGUUUCCCCCUUUGCUCCCCGAGGCAAAUUAAAGCACCACUGGAAUCACAGGGGUUUUGUCUUUUUCUGCACUUUAAAUAGCAGAGCAGGUACUGUAUCUCCCACUGGGUUGUGAUUUGUCACUUCAUUUCCAACUGCAGGGGUAAGAAAAUCCAUCUUCUUUUAUUUUUUAGGAAAUUCUUUUCAAACCGGACCAGUGUGACACCCACCAUGUUUCUCCUUCAAUAUAUGAUGCUGUAAACAUUUGUUCUGCCAUCCGCCAUCUUUAUUGUGGUGUUUUGUUGUGUGCAGUUCAAGAGGAGCACGGUAAGUCAUGAGAAAAUAAACCUGGACGACCAAUUAGAGGGCUAGACUGGCAGGAGGAGGAUAAUGGGAGGAAGAUCAGCACAGAGAAUGAGAAAAGAACAAAACACAUACACACACGCACACAGAGCUGCGAUCCCACUGCCGAGCUUCAGUGCAGAGAUUCAUGUCCGUAAACACAGGGUCCCUCUGCCAUGCAAUAACUGUAGCACUCUGUGACCCAAGUGGUUAGUGUGAAUGACACAUACACAUAUUUAAUAAAACUAAUGUCCUCCAGGUUUAUUUCCAAUGUGUUUACAUUUUCUGGUGCCUAGUACAGAGGAAAAAAAAAAAGUGGUUUCCGUGCAUUGAAACAAUAAAUAGCAAGAAAAGUUUUUCUGUGUUCGUCUUUGUCCAAUGACUCUUAACUGUAAAAGUACUGUUUUAUCUUUUGGGGGAUUUUGUUUGCUCCUGUAUUUCUGUUCCAAGUUUUACAAGAGGGUCAUUUGGAAUAAAGGCUGUAGAAUCCUG